CGGCUGUCCCUCGGUGGGGGGAACGGGCUCCCGGCAGCCCCCGCGGCCCGGCCUCCACCCGCCCCUUCCGCCGGCGGCGCGGAGAGUCCGAGUGUCCGAGGGGCCGCCGCGGGAGCCCCCAGGUGUUCCUAGAUGCCAAGCCAACACUCCUUUCCCUCCCUGAAGAUCAGCCGUGGGAACCGUGGCCAUGGCGUCCCCAUCGGAGCCUGUUACGUUCAGGGAGUUCUGCCCUUUGUAUUAUCUCCUCAACGCCAUUCCCACGAAGAUCCAGAAGGGCUUCCGCUCUGUGGCGGUCUACCUGACAGCCCUGGACACCAGCGGGGACUACAUUGCCGUGGGCAGCAGCACCGGCAUGCUCUACCUGUACUGCCGGCGCCUCAGCCGGAUGAAGAAGUACAACUUGGAGGGGAAAACAGAAGCCAUCACGGUGGUGAAGCUGCUGAGCUGCUUCGAUGACCUGGUGGCCGCAGGCACAGCCUCCGGGAGGGUUGCCGUCUUCCAGCUGGUGUCGUUGCUGCCCGGGAGGAACAAGCAGCUCCGGAGAUUUGAUGUCGCUGGGAUUCACAAAAACAGCAUCACAGCCCUGGCGUGGAGCCCCAAUGGGAUGAAACUGUUCUCUGGAGACGACAGAGGGAGAAUUGUCUAUUCCUCUCUGGACCUAGACCAGGGCGUCUGCAAGUCCCACCUGGUGCUGGAGGAGCCGUCCUCCAUCGUGCAGCUGGACUACAGCCAGAAGGUGCUGCUCGUGUCCACCUUGCAGCGAAGCCUGCUCUUCCACACCGAGGAGCAGUCUGUCCGCCAGGUCGGGGCCCAGCCGAGGAAGAGCACCGGGAAAUUUGGUGCUUGUUUUAUACCAGGACUUUGUAAGCAAAGCGAUCUGACCUUGUACGCAUCCCGGCCAGGGCUCCGGCUGUGGAGGGCUGACGUCCAGGGGACUGUGCAAGCCACGUUUAUCUUAAAAGAUGCCUUUGCUGGAGGAGUCAAGCCCUUCGAGUUGUACCCGCGCCUGGACUCCUUCGACCCGGGAAGUGGCAGCUUACCCGAGAGGCACCUGGGGCUGGUUUCCUGCUUCUUCCGGGAAGGCUGGGUGCUGAGUUGGAACGAAUAUAGUGUUUACCUUCUAGACACUGUCAGCCAGGCCACGAUUGCUGGUUUGGAAGGAUCGGGUGAUAUCGUGUCUGUUUCCUGCACAGAACAUGAAAUAUUUCUCUUAAAGGGAGAUAGGAACAUCAUAAGGAUUUCGAGCAGGCCGGAGGGACUAGCGUCUGUAGUAGGAGACAGUCUGGAGACGCCAGGAUGCACAGAGCAAGUCCCCACGCAGCACACAGAGAGGCCGCCAGGGGCCACAGUCUCGGAGCCGAGGCUCAGGGGCGCUUCCGUGGCCAGCUCCGUGGCCAGCGAGCCGAGGAGCAGGAGCAGCUCGCUCAACUCCACCGACAGCGGCUCCGGGCCCCAGGCAGCCCUGGAGCUGGGCAGGGGCAGCCAGCCCGCCCCGCAGAGGUUCAGUGUCAUUAGCUCAGAAGACUUCGACCAGGAGCUCGUUGUGAAGCCUCUCAAAGUGAAGAAGAGGAGGAGGAAGAAGAAGGCAGAAGGUGGAGGCAGGAGCGCUUGGCACAGUUCCCUUGAAUCGACUCCCUGCUGUGAGUUUCCUGAUGACAGUCCCCAGUCCCUGAACACAGACCUGCUGUCCACGACCUCAAGUUUGGGCAGCAUCGUGGAUCGGGUGAGCACAGAGUCUCCCGACUGGGAGAGCAGCCUCAGUGGCGAGGUGAAUGGUGUCCUGCAGGAGAACGAUGACCCGGAAGCAUUCAGUGUCCUGGAGGCGCCUGAGCCUGCCCCUGACUUACUCAGCGAAGAUGACAGAUUGGAGAUACCGCGAUGGAGCUCGGCAGGCGAGACGGAGCUGCAUGGUUGCGGGUUGCGCCUACCCCUGCACCCGAGGGGAGACGUGGAAGGUGGCGAGGUCACAGAGCUCGAGAGGGAGCCUCAUCCUGCGGACAGUGGACCCAGUAGCAGACAGUCACCUUGCCAAGACCAGGACAGCCCUGCUGAGGCCCAGGAGGAGGGGGGCUGCGAGCCUGAGGAUCCCCAGUGCACGGUGUCUGAAGCCUCUCUCCUGGACUUGCCCCCCGUGCCGUCCAGCCCUAGCUGGGCCCCCAGUGCUGGGGACAGGCUGCUGGAGACCAGAGUGAACAAAGGCAGCGCCAAGGAGACCGGCGGAGAGCAGGGCCUGCUGAUGCACGUGGCGGCUCCUGGCCACCUCGGUUCCCAUCCCUGGCAUGCCGUCACUGAUGAUGGCACGGGCCAGAGAGCAGUGGUUGCUUCCGAAUGUGACCUGGGGAGUGUGGGCGGAUGGCUGACUCCUCCCGUUUGUGCCUCGACGGCCAGCGCCCAGGACCCUCGCCCCCAGCAUUCCUCACGGGAUCAGGUGCAGACGUCCAGCGACGAGGAGGACAUCUAUGCCCAAGGGCUGCCCUCUUCAUCCUCGGAGACGAGUGUGGCGGAGCUCGGAGGCAGCCGCUCCCUGCAGGACCUGAGCCAGCCGGCCGACGACGACACUGGGCUGCUGAAGUCCGAUCAGUUUGCAGAAAGCUGGAUGGGCUACUCUGGCCCCGGCCACGGCGUACUCAGCCUGGGGGUCUCCGAGAAGCACGUCUGGUGCCUGGACUACAGAGGCGGCCUGUUCUGCAGUGCCUUGCGGGGCGCCGGGCUGCGCUGGCAGAAGUUCGAAGAUGCCGUCCAGCAGGUGGCAGUCUCGCCCUCAGGAGCCCUCCUCUGGAAGAUUGAGCAGAAGUCUAACCGGGCUUUUGCUUGUGGCAAAGUGACCAUCAAGGGCAAACGGCACUGGUACGAGGCGCUGCCCCAGGCCGUGUUUGUGGCACUGAGUGAGGACGCUGCCUGGGUCAUCAGGACCAACGGAGACCUGUACCUGCAGACAGGUCUCAGCGUGGAUCGCCCCUGUGCCAGAGCCAUAAAGGUCGACUGCCCGUACCCACUGUCCCAGGUGACAGCCCGGAACAGCGUGGUGUGGGCGCUGACGGAGCAGAGAGCCCUCCUGUACCGGGAGGGCGUGAGCAGCCUCUGUCCUGAAGGGGAGCAGUGGAAGUGUGACAUCGUCAGCGAAAGGCAGGCCUUGGAACCUGUCUGUGUGGCGCUCGGGGACCAGCAGACCCUGUGGGCGCUGGACAUCCACGGAACCCUGUGGUUCAGAACCGGCAUUGUUCCCAAGAAGCCCCAAGGGGAGGACGACCACUGGUGGCAAGUGAGCAUCACAGACUACGUGGUGUUCGACCAGUGCAGCCUGUUCCAGACCAUCCUGCACGCCACACACUCGGUGGCUACGGCGGCCCAGGCGCCCGUGGAAAAGGUGGCCGACAAGCUGCGCACGGCGUUCUGGUCUCAGCAGCUUCAGUGCCAGCCCAGCCUCCUGGGGGUCAACAACAGCGGCGUCUGGAUCUCCUCGGGCAAGAAUGACCUCCACGUCGCCAAGGGGAGUCUCAUCGGCACUCACUGGAACAACGUUGUUCCCCGCGGGACAGCUUCUGCUACCAAAUGGGCCUUUGUGCUGGCCUCCCCUGCUCCCGCGAAGGAAGGCAGCUCCUUGUGGCUGUGCCAGGGCAGCAAGGACCUGUGCAGCGUGGGCGCCCAGCACGCGCAGUCCCGCCCGUCCACGGUGCAACUGCCUCCCGACACCGAGAUGAGAGCCUACGCCGCCUGCCAGGACGCUCUGUGGGCGCUGGACAGCCUGGGCCAGGUGUUCAUCAGGACGCUGUCCGCCAGCUGCCCCACCGGCCUGCACUGGACCCGGCUGGACCUUGCCCAGCUAGGAGCUGCAAAACUGACGAGCUUGGCCUGUGGAAACCAGCACGUGUGGGCCUGUGAUUCCAGGGGCGGCGUGUACUUCCGCGUGGGCACCCAGCCUCUGAACCCCAGUCUCAUGCUUCCGGCCUGGAUAACAAUUGAGCCACCCGUCCAGCCUGCCGGGGUCACCUUGGUCAGCGUCCACUGCAGCCCCAACGACCAGAUGCUGUGGGCGCUCGACAGCCGGUGCAACGUGCACGUCCGCGUCGGGAUCACCGAGGAGAUGCCCGUGGGGACCGACUGGGAUCACGUGCCAGGGCUGCAGGCCUGCCAGCUGGCGCUCAGCACCAGGACCGUGUGGGCCCGCUGCCCCAACGGGGACCUCGCCCGGCGCUACGGCGUCACCGACAAGCACCCCGCGGGGGACUACUGGAAGAAAGUGCCCGGGCACGCCACGUGCCUCACAGUGACCUCGUCAGAUGAGCUGUGGGCGGUGGGCCCGCCCGGCUACCUCCUCCAGCGGCUCACACGGACCUUCAGCCACGCACACGGUGCCCAGAGCAGCCCGGCCGCCACCUCGCACCCUGAGGACCUGGAGGACGAGUGGGAGGUCAUCUGAAGGAGCUCGGGCGGCGCUCAGGGCGGCCAGGUGUGCCGUGCGCCAUCGGUUCUGAGCCGCGCUCUCGGACACACCGCAUCCACGCGUCUGGACAUGUGGGCACGUUCAACGCCCCACACUUGCUUUCACCAUGUUUGUUUCCGUCUCGUUCCAGAACCACAGCCUCAGCUGAGUAACUGGAGCCUGCGCGGUUGUCCGCGUGGGGCAGUGGCUGCGGUCAGGGUCUCGUCGCUGACCACACCCUGUGGGCUGCCACAGCAGCCACGUCGAGGCCGAAGGUCAGUGCUCCCACCACUGGACACACUCCCACGUGGUGCACCUCCUCCCAGGGACGCAGGUUCCCGCACACAUUCCACACCAGGCGCCCAGAUGGGAACCCAAGGCCGCGUUGGAGGGGUAGACGCUGGCCAUGCCAGGAUGGAGGCCACGCCGCAGCCGCCCAGGCCAGAAUGCGCUCACCGCCUGGAGACACUCCAGCCACAGCACUACAGGCCGCAGGCGAUGACCUGGCCGUGCACGCACCCAGGCGGGUCGGUGCAGGAAGGUUGUGGGGGAGGGCGUGCAGCGCCCUCUCGCUAGCAGGAGUCUGUGCAGCUCGUGCUGCAGGGCACAAGACUAGGGCACCCUCAGUAGCAAUCUACAAUUGUCGCCUUUUUGUUUGUUGUACAAACCUGCAUAAGAUACCUCGUUAGGGAUGAAAUGUCAGAUUUAGGAGAGAAACCUAUUCCCUGAAGCCCGCGGAAGGCCUCGCUCCUUCCGUGGUUUGUCCCGAGCCCGCAGCCUCAGCUGCCGCGUCCGUCCGUGGGCGUCGCCCGUGCGUCCUUGUGUGGGGAGCCCUUGGGCCUGCCGCCGGCUCCCAGUGCCGCCGCACUGUCACGGCACUUGGGCUGAUCCCUAGGUUAGUGCUUGCUGUGGUCGGCUGCUGUGGCCCCGUCAGACGUCAGUCCAUGGUCAGCCUGCAGCGCCCAGUCACCUCGCUGGCACCUGAGCUGUAGGACUUGGGGCCCAGCCUGCAUCCACCCUGAGCCCCCUCCCCUGGACACAGCUGCCCAUUCUGGCGGCUGCUGGUUUUAGCUGCCUCUUGCCCGGGGCCCAGGCACUCGAGGCCUGUUUCCUACUAACGCAAGCAUGUCAAGCCCCCAGGACCUGGGUGGCGAGCGGGAGAUCCGUCCUCCGAGGGCACCAGGCAGCGUGGAGAGGGUCCUGCAGGUCCCAGUGAGGACAGGCAGCUGGGGCGAUGCUGCUGCACACCUCGUUGUCGUAGGUCCUUCCUUAGGGUUUGGUGACAGCAGAGGCCGCCCGGGGGCUGCAGCGAGGUCGGGCCUCACCGCUCCGCGGACGGCAGGCUCCUCCAGGCCCGCGGGCUUCCACGCGUCACCCCGUCUCCUCGAUGCGCUGACCACAGAGCUGCAGUGCUGGGCACGGUUUCUCCCUGGUUCUGACUUUCGGUUGUGCUUGAGACAGUGCAACGAACUGGACGUUUUCCACGCCGGGUCAAGCCUGUGUCUGAGCCGUGACCAGGUGUCCUCUGGGUACUCAUGGAGGUCACGUUCCCGCCAGGCCUGGGGUCCCUGCCCACCCACCCCACUGCCCGCAGAGUGCAGCGGAUGUGAUCGCCUGCCCCGACCCACGUGACAUGCACACCGGCCUGCCGAGGGUGGUGGGCCUGCGGGAGGGGUCACCCCACAGCGGCUUGUGCCCCUGGUCCCGGGAGGCGGAGUGCAGGCCGCCUGCUCACGGAGGCACUGAGGCCGGGGCUAAACCUCCGUCCAGGAAACAAGGGUGAGCAGUGCCCUGUGGGAGCAGCACACGGAGAAAGACCACGUGCCAGCCGGCAGGGCACCUGGGCCGGAUGCUGACAGCGUCACAUCCCGUCAGCAGACAUGGAGGACUGAGGACUGGAAGCAGGAGGGCCGCUGAUUCCCGGCGCGGGAGGGGCACUGCGGCCUCGGCUUCCCACAGGGACUCACGGCCUCCCUCAGCUUGUCAGGACCCCCGCGUGGUUUCUACGUGGGAGGGGCAGGAGGCGCUCCCAAAUGACGCCUGUUCACCUCGAACGCCCCUGCCGGCCUCCGCAGGCCCGCAGGUGAGACUCUGUCACGGAACUCACUCUGCUGACAUGGAGCCCAGCUCUGGCGCCCCAGACCGCCCACUCAGCACCCUCACUGUCCUAGGAAGAGGAGUGAGGAUGGGGCGGGGGGCAGGGACACCCCGCAGCCCAGCCAGGCCCCCAGAGGUUGCACCAUGCAGGUGGCAUCGGGCUGAGGGGGCCGAGUGAGACUUCACAGCCCGUGGACCACUGCUCAGCUGUUUGCACAAAAUAAACCUGAGCUGGAUUAAA